UCUCUUCCCUGACACCCAACAGAAACACUGUUUCUACACGUAUUCCUCCAGCACUUUCACCUGAUUUUUUCCGUGAAAUCCAUGUUUUGUGCUUUCUGGAGUAACACUGAGCUCUGCUAUUGCAUGUUAGUGUCUUAGACCUUCAUCCGACUUAGGAGAGAGCGAUUGGGCUGAAGUUUGUACAUUUUCAGAGCUAGGGUUAUUUGCUGUUCGCCAUGGUUGCGAAGUGUCUAGAAGUUACGAUAGGUUCAACGGCGAGUUUAAAGGAGAAUAAAACGGUGAAUAAGAUCGACCCGUACGCAGUUCUUUGCUAUAACGGAGUCGAGCGCCGCACCGACGUCGAGUGCGGUGCAGCAGGUCGAGCAGUAUGGAACCACCGCUUCAACUUCCUUCUUCCAGAGCGAGAGCAAGAUUAUCCUCCAGAGAUGGACGUUCACAUAUGGGACAAGGUGAACGGCCAGGACAAGUACAUGGGUUUCUGCAAGGUGCACUUGGAGCAGGUCUACCUCCGUCAAUCCAUGGACGCCGUCUGGCCGGUACACCAACGUAACGGGAAACUUCUCGGUCACAUCAGAUUUCAUUUCUCAAUUCUUGUGGAAGACGUGAACGGCGUGGGUUCUCUUCCGUCCGCUCCUCUGCCUUCCGCUCCUCCGGAGACUCCUGUUCCUCUUCUGGAGCAUCCCCGAGUUAACCGGAGGACUAACAUUAGCUCAGGAAAAGUACCGGUUGCAGCGGCUUCUCUUCAGGAAGCUUCGAAUAAAGAGGAUGCCAGCAGGAGCAACGCCUUUGGGAUGAAUAUUAAAGGCAAAGCUGGUGGUUCAUCAGAGGCUGCUGCUGCUGUUUCAAACGACGCUCUGGAGGUUCUCCUGCUGGCCAUGCGCCAGGCUCUUGUCCAGCAACAGCAACAGCAACCACAGAAUAGCCAAUCCGCUGACAAGCAGCAGCACGCUCCGAAGAUUUACCAACCUCAGCCGAAGCGUGUUAGCCCUGCUUCCGCAGCACCCCCUGCUGCUGUGCCGUCGUCCCCCAUGGGCCCUCCUUCCCCUAACUCAUUGAAAUUCUCUCCGUCCAAAGCGUUCAAGAAGGUUCCCGCUUCUGCUAGACAUGCCGCCCGCCCGGCAAGUUGUAACGGCGCUGGAAACGCAACCGACUGCACUGACGGCCGCCCGUCAGCCCCUGACGUCGACUCUCGCGACAGCGAAACGGCCCUCGCUUCGUCCGCCGCUCAGCGGUUCCUCAAUAACGGCGCAGCGGGUUUUGCACCAGCCAAGCCUCUUCCGCCUCUUAGCGUGAUCGGCGGCGGCGAUGGCGCUAACGACAGGCCAGCUGCCUCAGAGGCAGCGUCGGCUUUCCUACCCGUGCAGCAGCGAUCAGCAGCAGGAGCUUCUUCCGGUGGCACCGCGUUCGCGUCUGCUCUUACUGGUUUUGCUCCUACUGCGUCCUAUCUUGCUGCUACUCCUGCUGCUUCUGCUGCUGCCGGAGGUAAUAAAUCUGACGGCCAACCGCCCUCUACUCCUGAUGCUCUGGCUGCUGAUGUCCUUGCGAAGGGCUGGGACCUCUCUGCCAUCGCUUCGCUGACGUCAGCUGUGCUGUCCGCGUCUGGGAAGGGAACACCACGGGGCAACAAGUCUACGUCUUUUGCUGCUGCAGCGGAAACCAGGGCUGGUGCUGCGUCUGCUGCUGCUAUUCAGCGUGGUGCUUCUGGCGGUGCUCGUUCAGGCAGUGGCGGGAACCGUCAGGCGAUUUUGAACCAGGAGUUGAUAGCUGAGGCUCUCUGCAUGGCUCUGCUGGGCGAAACGGGCAGGGCGGAACCAGCAAGGAAGCAGGGAAAGAGCGUUGCCCCUGGCCCGGGUGGCGGUGCUGGUGCUGGUUUGACUGGCUCGAAGCGAAGCUGGGAGGCGCAGGAGGAGAAGCGGGAGGAGGCGGGGUUAGGAGGCAGUGGAGCGGAGGAUGUGGGUGGUGAGGGUCUCAAGCGGCACCGCGUUGCAUAACUGCGGUGCGGAGCAUAGCACUUGUUUUCAAGGUCUUCAUCGAUGCCAUUCAGUGGGCUACUAAGAGUGAAGCAGGCAGGAUGGAAGCAAGGUGCGGUUUUGAAGGCUCCCCAAGUGUGCUCCAUGAUGGUAGGCAGCGGUGCUGAACCUGCAGGUUACUGCCACCUAAUAAACGGCGAGGCACAAUGACUAGGAUGUUGCACAAUGACUAGGAUGCUGACGCCACCAGCCGUGCUGUCUGGCUCUAAUAAGUGCAGUGACUUGCUUGCUAGUCUGGUAGUGUAUAAAUUAUCGAAUAUGUCUGACACUGGUGCAUCUAAUUUUGAACCUCUAGGCUGUAGCCAUGAGAUGUGUUUGUCAGUUUCCAGCUGGUGGUCUAGCUAUG